AUGAACGAAAAGCUAAAGCCCAAGGAGAGCAGAGGUGAUGUCGAUCGCGUCCCUGGCCCCCGCGAACUGCAAGAAGGCCCGAUCCACAGCGAUAAACUCCUUCAUCACCUUCCUGGCCACCGAAAGCAUGGAGCCAUCUACCGCUUUUCAACUUAUAUACUCUGA